AUGGCGUGGAGGUACAAGGGAGGGCUGAUUCUUCUCAUCGCUGUAGUAGUCAUAUGGGUUUCCUCUGCAGAGAUCACACAGAGUAUUUUCAGGGACUACGAGCACCCAUUUGUGAUGACAUACAUAGGAACCUCGAUGUUGGUGGCUUAUCUUGCAAUAGCAUUCAUCAAAGAAUGCAUAGUGAAGCUGUUCAGAACCCAUUUUUCAAAUGGAAACUCCAAAAAAGUUGCAGAGGUAGCCCAGCCACAAGUCAUGGAAGAAAAAAGCAAUAACCCCUCUUCUCCAAAUAAUAAUAAUAAUAAUAAUAAUAUAUCAGAGGUGGGAGAUGGAUCAGAAGUUCAUUGUGUGGUGCAAAUUCAAUGUGAAGAAGAAGUUGUGAGUGUUGAUAAAGAUAACUAUGGUGGCUGUGAAUGUGAAAAUCAAGAAGUGGCAAUGGCGUUGAAAACAAAGGAAACUAAGUUUGCUGUCUUGGCGCUCACCAUUGGCCCCAUUUGGUUUGUUUCUGAGUAUUUUACAAAUGCAGCACUUGCAAGAACAAGCGUAGCGACGACCACCAUAUUGUUCUCAACAUCAGGGCUAUUCACACUCAUAAUAGACGCAUUCUUGGAAAGGCAAUCUUUAACAAUCGUAAAUAUUGUCGCCGUCGUCGUCAGUCUCGCCGGCGUCGCCAUGACAACCAUCGGCAAGACUUGGGCCAAAGACCAACCCCACUCCACUUCCUCUGAGCAUGGAAAGCACUCAUUCGUUGGAGAUGCAUUUGCUCUGCUCUCAGCCCUCACCGAUGGGCUUUACUACGUGCUUUUGAAGAAGUACGCAGGGGAAGAAGGGGAAAAAAUUGACAUGCAGAAAUUUCUUGGCUACGUUGGAUUAUUCACUCUCACUACUCUCUGGUGGCUAAUAUGGCCAUUGAGAGCCAUUGGAAUAGAGCCCAAAUUUGCAAUCCCACGGUCCACAAAAGUGGCGGAACUUGUGCUUGCCAAUUGCUUCAUAGGAAACUUCCUUUCCGAUUACUUCUGGGCAAUGGGCGUUGUUUGGACGAGUCCACUUGUAGCUGCUUUAGGUGCUUCUCUAACGAUACCACUCGCCAUGUUGGGAGACAUGGUCCUACAUGGCCGUCAUUAUUCUUUGGUUUACAUUUUCGGAUCCCUUCAAGUAUUUUUGGGAUUUAUGAUCGCUAACCUUUCGGAUUGGAUAUCGCCAAAGUUGAAGUUGAGGUCGAGAUUCUUCAAUGAUGGAUCAGCAAAGUAA